AUGGCGCUGCCCGGGCCGCCCGAGCAGCCCCGCGGCGCGCCCCGCCGGGCGCCCGGGCUGCUGGAGCUGGGGGCGCUGUGCCUGGACUCGGACAUCGUCCUGGGCUUCACCAGCCACCUCCUGCGGCGGCGCGCCAAGGUGAGGCGGCGCGGGCGCGGCGCGGGGCGGAGCGCGGCCUGGCGGCGGGCUCGGGCCGCCCCCAUCGGGCCCGUCCCCGUCCCCGCUGCGUCCUGGCGGAGGCGGCUGGACCGCGGCGCGGGGACUGGGCCCCGCCGCGCCGGGCCGGUGGGCGAGGCGUGGAGACGGAGGCGGCUCCCGUCCCGCAGGCACCGGCCUCGGCGGGGCUGGGUCCGGCCCGGGGCCCGGCGGGCGGGAGCGGGCCCUCCCCACGCGCCGCGGCCGUGCGUGUGGGACCGAAGUUGCGGGUGUGGCCGGCCCUGGUCUUAG